GGAUUUUAGACACUACUCGUGGACAAAAAUGUUUCAACUUUUUUUACUAUCAUUUCUAAUAAGUGAUUUGGCGAAGUUGGCGGAUUUUAGACAUUUGAUAUAUUUUCUCCUAAAGUUAUUUAAAAUUUAAACUUGUAGUGAAAAUGGAUGGAGCGAUUGCAGACCGAUAUGGCAAAAUUCAUAAUAUUUGCAUAAGACAUGGAACGAACUGGAAGGUACUAGUAAGUAAGGAGAGAGGAAAGGGGGGUAACCAAAGUCUAACUGACCAUCACCCUCAGUUGAUGGAGUUAUCAGUCCACCGAUCAAGGAAGUCUACCUGCAAUUUCGGGCUGGCAAAAGGGACACUGAUGGGUCUGUCAUCUCGGCUGUCGCCUUGUCCACUCGGCCUUCAUGCAAGGUCAACAGCUUUCAGGGUCCAGAUGUUCCGUAGCAGAUUCCGUAUCCGAGGCUGCAAGUUGGUCUCCUCAUUUAGAAAAAUAUCACUUUUGGGCGGGGCCCAAGGACUUCCAUCGAACAUCUCUCCAUCGAAGAAGAGGAAAAAAAUAGGGAGAAAUUUCAAACCGUGCAUCUCGGACAACUAUUGGAAAUAAAGUGCUUUAAUUGAAAAGGGUUUAUCUUCAAAUUUAAAUGUGAAUUCGGUUCUGAGUUGAAUCAGCUGAUAUGGAAGUUAAAUUAUGUCCUUUGUAUAUAGAAAUUUUAA